CAACUUUUGCUUCGAAUCUUGAUCAUCAAUUGGCAAACCACCAUGGCCUCGAGCGCGGCGAUGAACGUCGCAAAGGCGUCUACGCCCUCAGCAGCCAGAGUCGCCACGGUGGCAAAGCCAUGGUCGGUCACAAGCGGCGUCUACAGCCACCCGACCCUCUCGCCUACCUUCUUCGACACAGCUGCGCUUGCUUCGUCAUCGAGGAGCAGGCUGCCUGGCCCUCAAGUCGCUACCUCUUCGCCCGCAAGCUACGACCGCUUCACUCCCUCAUACCCAUUGCGAUCAUCACAACCGUCUUCCUCCUCACCGUCACCCCAUGGCAGCAACUCGAUCUCGGACCAUGAAUUCAACGUCCGCCUCUCCCGAGCGGUCUCCCUCCUCCGAGCAACGCUGAGCGACUUCAUGCGCAUCGGUUUGGUAGACUACGACACAUCACACGUCUCCUCGUCUUCUUCAUCCUCCGGUCUCGGCAUCCCUGCACUCGACCGUCUAGGUCUAGGCGCGAUCCUCGAGGCUUUCGGAGCUCGCUCAUCUGCGAAAGCCAAGGCGAGGUCAGAACUGCCAACGCAGCAUGGCGCGGACGAUGCAGACUGUCCUGUUUAUCACCCGAAUAUCGUCUUCAAAUUCAGGCCGCCCUCGGCAUCACUGCCCAACGAUAGCGGUAGUGCGGACGCGGGGCUUGUCACCUUUUCCGGCCGGGCCAUGUACUUUGGCUCAGCUCACGUCUUGCGGAUGGCACUGAGCGCCCUCUUCUCGCAAACGAGCAUCAAUCUCGAGCGGGCUCACCUGAACAAGCCGGGAGACGGCUGCACGGCUGGCAGGGAGGACGCAUCGCUCGUGCUGCGCAUGACGUUUAACGGCGUAGUGCGAGUUACGCAGCAGGUGCACGAGUACACCGUAGUCUUCAAGUAUCGCUUCGACCCAGAGACGGGCAUGAUCGUGCAGCACACCGUCGACAGGAUUGAGCCUGCGCCGGGCAAGAAGAUCUAUGCAGGGCUAGCAGCAGCAUUUGCGAGGUUGGCGGGAUUGCAGCCGGGAGUAGCGGAGGGAGUGAGAAAUCCGGCGCCGUACUGUGUGGGAAGGGUGGGCGUGAGGGCGAGCACAGCGGCACCUGCUUUUGCGCUGCUGCCGAGGGCGAGCGCAGCAUCAUCCAGGCCGAUCUCUCAUGCCGCUUUCAUCGAAAGGCAGAGAAGACGGCGUGGGUAUGCAACGCAAUCGAGGCGGAGCGACGCACCAGCGCACACGCCUGCCGCCAAGGGGCAGCAUCGAGACGCUGCGGCUGCGACGACGGCUGCUGCUCCCAGUGAGUCCACUCAGCCGUCGUCCUCCUUCUUCUCGACGCCGACUGGUGCGAAUGACAUGCCUGGCCCCUCGCUGUCCUCCUUUCUCUGGCCUUGGGGCGGUGCAAAGGCAUUGGAGUCCUCGCUGUCGUCGCGGCAACAGCGCUGGGCCCCUUCAUCAGACGACCCAACACAGGUCGCCUACUCGCCCUCAGGCCCUUGGAUGCACGAUCGCCUGCCCUCCAGUCCCACCUCUCUCGCAACAUAUCGCCCGGCCCCUUCGCCGAGCCUGACCCGCAUCAUUGCCGGCCUCUCCAAGGCUCGUCUCACCUUUCUCGUCACUCUAUCUGGCAUGGCAGGGUACGCUCUCUGCCCCGCCACGCUAGCUGCCGCGACCACGAGCGGCGUAGGAUCAGGGGUCACCACACUGCUCCUCCUCACAGCGGGCACGGCUCUCUGCUCCGCUUCAGCCAACGCGAUCAAUCAGUUGCGCGAGGUACCCUACGAUGCGCAGAUGCAGCGCACGCGCGGUCGCCUCUUACCGUCACGAAGCGUCACUCCUCUCCUGGCGGCCAGCUUCGCCACAUCAAGCGCAGUGGGAGGCGUGGCGACCCUCUCCCUCCUCUCUCCCACGACUGCCGCCCUCGGUGCAGCGAACAUUGUCCUCUACUCCUUCAUCUACACACCCAUGAAGCGCACCAGCAUCUUCAACACUUGGCUAGGCGCCGUAGUUGGGGCUUUACCCCCACUGAUGGGCUGGUCAGCCUGCACUGGUGGGCAACUCUUCGACGUCUUCGGCGCAGACGCUCCGGCAUGGGUGCUCGCUGUCGUCCUGUAUUGUUGGCAAUUCCCGCACUUCAAUGCACUCGCGCACAACUUGGCGCCAGAGUAUGCGAGGGGAGGGUACAGGAUGAUGAGCGUUCUCAACCCUGCGCUGAACAGGAGAGUGGCAUUGCGUCAUUCGAUUGCCCUGCUCCCGAUCUGCGGGCUCGCCCUGCCGCUGAGCGGGGCCGUCUACCCCUUGGCGUACGCCGUUUUGAGCCUGCCGCCUAACCUGGCCUUUCUGGCAGCUACGUGGCGCUUCUGGAGUAAAGGGGACGAGGGGAGUGCGAGGCGCUGUUUUUGGGUCAGUCUUGUGCAUCUUCCCGCGGUCAUGAUCUUGGCGAUGGGUUGCAAGAGGGGGUUGUGGGAUUGGGUGUGGGGGGAAGAGCAGCGAGAGGAGGGAGAACAGGCGGGGGAUGGGCGGGGAAAGGAGUAAAAUCGGAGCACAGCGCGGAUUG